GCGCUCCCAUCUUCGCUUUAACCUCUUUCACCUCGAGCCCGCCCUCAAAUAUUUAAGAUGUCGGGACGCCGUGGUCGCAACUCGGCAGGAAUUCGCGGGCCACACUCUGCUUUGACGGACUAUUUGGCGACCCACAACAUCUCUGCCCAACAAAUCCGUGAUUCGUACCGCCAACGCCUUCAACAGGCCGAAGCGCAGGCCGAGCAAGAAUCCCCGGAAGCUGGAGAGAAUGGUGAACUAGUACAAGAUGAUGACGAGGCCGAGGCACAAGCACAGGCGCAGGCACAAACCGAAGCAGAGUCGUCUGCAAUGGCGGCCGAGCGCUCUCGAAAGCGCAAGCGCAACCAGGAAGAAGCUAUCGCGAAGAUAAAGAAAGGCAAGGAAGCAAAGAAAAAAGCAUCAAAGAAAGCAUCAAAGAAAGCAUCAAAGAAAAAGCCUCGUGGUUCAGAUGACGAUGAUAACAAUGAUUCGGACUACGACGAUGACUUCCUUAACAUGUAUAAGAAAGCGAAGCCGCUUCCCGGGCAGUUGGAGAACUGCGAGCUUUGCGAAAAGCGUUUCACUGUUACGCCGUAUAGCAAGGCCGGUCCGGAUGGUGGCCUGCUGUGCGCACCUUGUGGAAAGGCAGUAACUAAGGAAACAAAGGCUACGGAAAAGGCUGCUAAGCCAAUUGCUGUUCGUAAGGCGAGGAGGAAGAUCGAGAGCAAUCGUCUAGAUGGCAUCACUAUGCGUGGGCCCAAGACUCUUCAGCAGAUUUGCAUUGAAAAACUUGCAAACCACUCCGAGGAUAUCGAAGAAUUUGGCGAAUUACCGGAGGCCAUCAUGAACCGUCUAAGCGAGAUUUUCUCUAAGAAGCGAGCUAUGAACUCGACCACUGUCAAGCUGUUUCUUCGUCCUGAUAUGGAUACUGUUGUUAUUCAUGAGGCAGCUUAUCUCGAGACUGAAGAUUUUGACCAAAUCUUUGCCGUGGUCCCUGAGAUAAAAAGGCUGUCACUCAAAAACUGUUGCCAGUUCAAGGAUGGAAACAUGGAGUACCUGAUUGAGAAGGCCAAACAGCUCAAUGCCAUUCAGCUCCUUGGCGCAAACCUUGUCUCAAACGACAACUGGAUCAAUCUCUUCUCUGCCCGCGGUAAAGGACUUAAGUCCCUAAAGUUGGAAUGGCUCGACGCAGCUUUCAAUGACGAGGCCGUCCAAGCCCUCAUAGAGUUUUGUCCUAACCUUGAGCGCUUGAAGCUUGAGCGCUGCAAGCAAUUGGGCGUUGACUCGAUACAAGCAAUCGCAAAAGCAGACAACCUCCAACACCUUACCCUCCGCUUUUGCAAAGAAAUCCCGCGCAAGGAACUCGUCGACCUCAUUGUCUCUGUCGGCCACAACCUCCGCACGCUCUGUCUCGAGAACUUCCUUGACAACACUGUGGACCCAGAUGACGACCUCCUCAUCGCCAUCCAUGACACUUGCACGCACCUCUCCAAAUUCCGCUUCACCGAGAACCAUGAGUGCACCGACGACGGUUACUUAACCCUCUUCACAAACUGGUCUAACCCACCACUCCGCUACAUCGACGUCAACAGCAAUCGUGACAUCGACAACGCCAACCCGGACGGUCCCGAAGACAUCCCCAUUGGCCUCGCAGACGCUGGUUUCAAAGCGCUAAUAUCGCACUCCGGCUCCCGCCUCGAAUACCUCUCCAUCGCAUCCUGCCGCCACAUAUCCCACGAAACCUUCGCUUCCAUUUUCGAUGGCGAGAAACAAUACCCCCAUCUCCGCGAAAUUAACAUGAGUUUCUGUCCGGUUGUUGAUACGCAAAUCGUCGCUGCCAUCUUCCGUAGCUGUCCUAAAAUCAGAACUGUGGUUACUUUUGGAUGCUUCGAGGUUCAAGAUGUGAUUGUGCCGAGGGGCAUCGUGUUGAUUGGGGCCCCGAGGGCACAGGAUGCGAUUGAGCAGUUUGGAGAUGUGGUUAUGGAGUUUCAGACGAUGAGGGAGGAGAUGCAGAGGGUGAGUGAAAGGGUUGUUCCGGUUAUGGCUUAAGGGGGAGAAUAUGGGAUGGAAUAG